GGCGUCCGCAGUGUCUCUCCCCCUUCGGACCCGGGACCGCUUUACGUGCAGCCCACAGGUUUGCGUUGAUGGAAAGCAAUGUAAACUAUUAGUGAAAACUAGCUAAAAAAAUAAAAUAAAUGGCGCGCGUUUGUUCUUCUUUUCAAACAAAGCUCCCGGGCCGCGAGCAGCUGUAAUUUGACACAAAAUCCCGCACAGACGUUGUACCCAAAUCAAAUGCAAGUGCACAUCCAUCGUGAUCGGAAUCAACGUUGAGAACUCGUGACAAAUCCACGCUCGAAAUGGGCGCAUGGUUGCCAUGGAACCGAAGAACGCCGCUGCGGCGGGAGCGGUUGCUAGGCAACGGAGGACGCGUCCAGCUCGAGUCGGGCGCUCCGAGGUUCGGCGGAGGAUCGGAGUCGCGAGUGGAAAUAAGAGCGAAUAAAGAAAGAGGAAGGAGCGAGGAUGACGAGCCGCGGACCCGCACCUGCCCCACAGGUGUGUGUCCAGCCCGCGCUCGUGCGCUUCCAGGACGUGCGGGUGGGACAGGUGUACCGCUGCACCCUGACGGUGAGGAACGCGGGCACGAGCAGCGCGCGGAUGAGGCUUCUCGGACCCGUGUCCAAGAUGUUCCGCCUGCGGGUUCGGAACCCACGCUCUCCUGUCCCGGCUGGCCUGUCGCUGACCGCCACGGUCGAGUUCCGGGCGGAGCGUGACGAGGACGUCCGAGACCGUUUACUGCUCCACUACGAGGACGAGGUCGCCGAGGUCCCGCUGCUGGCGUUCCCUCCAUCCUGUUCUCUGCACGUGGACCUGCUGGUGGACUUUGGGACAGUAGUUGCCAACCAGCAGACAAUCAGCAGGGAGGUGGAACUGACCAAUCAGGGAUCAGCUCCAGGUGUGUUCAGCAUCAUGUACCACGGUAAAACUCCGCUCAGUAUCGUCCCUCACUGCGGUACCGUAGGCCCCGGGAGCCACCAGACAAUCAAGGUGGAGCUGCGUGCCGAUGGGCCCCGGCGGGUCAACGAGGAGGCCAGGGUGGUGCUGCAGGGCAGAGAGAACCAGGUGUUACGGAUCCAGGUAGAGAUGGUAGAGCAUGUCCUAGAGUUGCUGGAUGCAUCCGGCCGGGAGAAACUCACCUGUCUGCGCUUUGGCCCCGCCUACUUUGGGACAUCUCGUGUGGAGCGGAUCAUCCUGAGGAACAAGGGUCCCGAGGCCUGCGAUUGGGUGGCCCUUCUACUUGACGAUGCGCCUGGCACUGAGAUGGGGACGGACCUGUGGAGGAGCACCGACGCCGCCCUACUCGACACUCACCAGAUGAGACGUGUGGACACUUGCUCCGUGGUGUCCUGUGUGCCCUGCGAGGGCCGACUGGGUCCGGAUGAGAGUGUCCACCUGGGCGUGUGCUUCAGUCCCAUGGAAAUCAGCAGCUGUCCUGGGGAUGAGGAAGGGGACACUGCAGCCACCAGGAGAGACUUCUCCCUCUUCCUGAAGUUCGACAUCGUCGGAAGCAGAGACACCUGUACGCACCCCCAGACCUGCACGCACCUCCAGCCCUGGGAGGCCCCAGGUUGCCGUGGUGGGGGGCGGAGGGGCUCCGCAGAGCUGGCUGUCACAGGUGUCGGUCUGCCUCCGUCCCUGCGGCCGCAGCCCGGCCACACCUUCUCCUUCCAGCAGUGCAUGAUGGGACAGAGCGUCGGUGUCCUCUGCAUCCUGCAGAACACCUGUCCUCUGCUUCCUGCAGCGUUCAGCUUUCGCAAGACGGCUAACUUCUUCAGCCGCCCGUCACGGGGUCACAUCCCGCCGGGCCAGGAGCAGGAGGUGACGCUCACCUUCACUCCACACCACAUGGGGACGUUCCGGGUUCGACAGUUGGUCGAGGUCCUUGGACAGGUAGCGCACUUAUCUGCCGGUUCCCUGUGGCUCCGCAGCCAGCCCUUCAGCCACGUGGUCUUGCACCUGUCUGCCGUCUGCAGCGGGAUGGCUGUACACGUGCCCCCCCCGCUGCGCCCAGGCAUCUCUUCCACCGUUUCCAGGAGGACAGGAGCGCAUUGCAGAACCUUAUUUACCACGGUGCAGAAGUUAUGCUAUGGGGACACAGAGAAGAAGGUGCUAGAAAGGAAGCACAACUUCCUCUUCACCAGGGCCCUGCAGAGGUCUCCCCUGCAGGCAGCCAGGGAGCCGCGGGAGGAGGACUCGGGGUGUCUGCCGGCCGCCGGGCUCCAGUCCCCGAAGAUCAGCCUGAUGGACCUGCGAUCGACUAAAGCCGAGGGCUCGAAGACCCCCCCCGAAGGACGCCUCCUGUCCUCCUGCGCCCUCGUCGCCAUGGAAACGAGAUGCGCUUCCCGGCAGGUAACGGUGGGACUGAGCGCCGAACCCUCGACCGCACAGGAAAUCGCCGACUGCAGCCUGGUCCUCUCACCUCAACAGCUUUACCUGGUGGCCAUUGGCCCGUCCACAGUAGACUUCGGCCAGGUGUGUGUCCGCUCCUCAUCGCUGCGUCACCUGGAGCUUUCUAACAGCCUGGGGGUGCAUGUGUGGGUGCAGGUGGAGGUGUGCUGUCUCGAGCUGCAGCGCUCUGGCUCCCUGUCCCAUGUCCUGCCCCCGCUGUCUCGGGCCUCCCUACCUCUUGUCUUUGAGAGCGUCCAACUGGGGCCAUUUCGCUUCCCCCUCUCGUACACGGUAAACGGGAGGCACUCGGGACACGUCCUCGUUCAGGGGGACGUGGUUCCCGUCGCUCUCGAGUUGUCCACCUCCAAUGUGGAGCUGUGCCCGACGCAGAGCGGCUACAGGGGCGUCGUCACACUGUACAACCGGUGCAACCGCGCGGCCGAAUUCGCCUGGACCCCCGUCCCCAGCGAGAGCGGUGUCUCCUUCUCCAUCAGUCCUGCCGCAGGUAGCGUGCCCCCCCGCCGAGAGCUCGACUGCGACCUGCUUUGGUUCGCCUCCUUCUCCUCCCCGCAGGAGGGCAGCUUUGACCUCCGUGUGCACGAGGGCAACACGGCCCGCCUGCGAUGCGUUGCUAAGGUGGGGUCUGCGAGCGUCCAACUGGCCGAGAGACACCUGGUGUUUGACGGAGCUCCUCUGAGCAUCUCCACGGUCAGGAGGACCAUGCUACACAACACGGGUCACCAGGACGCCUUCUUCCAGGUUUCUGAUGUGCACCCUGUCCUCGGGAUGACUGUCUCCCCUCAGGAGGGUGUGGUCCCAGCAGGCGGUCAGACAGAGAUUGAGGUGCUCUUCACCCCAGAGGCUGUCGUCAAGUUUGACACCAGAGUGGAGAUCGCGCUGCGCAACGCAAGGGCGCUGGAGCUCCGGCUCGGAGGGUCGGUGACCCCCCCUCGGGUGUCCAUCGGUGUGAAAUCGCUCCAGUUCCACGGCGUUUACUGCGGUUCGCGCCGGGCCCUUCCCUUCUCCCUGGAGAAUCGCUCCCUGGGCCGAGCCGUGCUCCGCUUCGACUUGUCCCGACACCGGGAGUUCAGCGUGGAGCUCCGCCGAAAGCGGGUCACAGACGGAGAUCCAGAACCGCACACAUAUUCGGUGGAGAUGGAUGGUCAGGAGACUGUGGAGUGUUUGCUCGUCUUCUGCCCCAAACAAGUAGCGGCCUAUGACUUCCUUCUGCCCGUAACCCUGAACGGCCUUUCUCCCCCCUCACCCCCACCGAGCUCUGUCCCUAAAACGCUGUCAGCGAACAGCAAGCACAUCAUCACCCCCCGCUCAUGGGCCGUCUCCGUGGCAACGCCCACCUGCAGGGUGCAGGCGACAGCUCUCCGGGCCCCGCUGGACGCGUCCCCGUCCAUUGUCCAUUUUGAGCUGCAGUCCUCGGAGAGGUCCUCUGCGACACCUGAUCCUCAGGUGCUGGAGCUGAGGAACAUCUCCCAGGAAGAGGUCGCCUGGAGGUUCGAGAGCACAGCACCUCCCGGGGAUCCAGGGGACGUGUUCAGCGUGUCUCCGGACAGCGGAACGCUGGAGCCUGAGCAGUCGGUGUGUGUCAGCGUGACCUUCUCACCUGGAAGCUCAGCACCAGGUGUCUACCUCGGAGGACAGGCAAUCAGCACUCAGCUGUUUCUCUUCCUGUUUGAGGAGAAGAUUCAUCCCUACAGACAACUUCACCUGAGCGCCUCGGUGCUUCUGCCCUCCGUCACGUUUCGGCCGCCGCGUCUCCUCCUCCCACCGGUGCCUGUGGACACGUCUACCCGAGCCACCGUGUGUCUCCUCCUGUCGGGGUUUGCCAGGAGCCCCUCCCUGCAAGUCCAGGUAGAGAAAGUCCAGCUGAAGGACGGAAGCGAACUGGAGCCUUUUUCUGUCCUCCUGCCUCAUGGUGACGCUGUUCCAGCAUCAGGGCUUGUUGAGCCCUUCAUCUGUGUGGUUACCUUCCGCUCCCCGUCGCCCGUCGCCUGCACAUCUCUCAUCACUUUUGUGGACCAGGAGAACCACAGCUUCCAGCUCCAAGUGUGUGCUGUGACCGAAAACUGCCUGCUGACCCUGUGGCCCCACCUGGCACUUCGCCGCCCCAACCCGCCCGAAGUCUCUAACAGCGGAUACCUGAGUGCAGAAUGUGGGUGGUCCCAGCUGACAGAUGAGGCGGGACUUGGAUCAGGCUCCUCCUCCAGCUCCGGCACUGAGCAGCUGUUGUCUGGUGUCCUGUGUUCAGGCCCCGUGUGCCCGGAGUCGUGGCCGGGGGGCGUCGCCGAGAGCUCGGGCAGGACGGAGGCCUGGGUCGCGAGCAUUGGUCCGCGUGGCGGGAUGAGCGACGACGUGAGCGACGGGAUGAGCGACGACCUGAGCGACAGGAUGGGGAUGCUGGGAUUGCCCCGCUCCCCCCCGCGCGGCUCGGAGGAGGGGCUCUUCUUCGACGCCGUCCUGGGGGCCACGCAGCGCUGGUUCUCCCAGUUCGGGUGGCCGAGGGGUCCGAACCCCGUCGCCCUGCCGCGGAGCUUCAGGAGGGCCGUGUGUCAGGUGCAGGCCUCGGGUUCGACUCACAAGAAGGGCGGCUCCUCGCUCCCCCCAGCGUUGGGCGCCCGCACUGUUUACGACAUGGUACUUCAUCUGGGCGGGCAGCUCCCCCCCGGGGUGGGCGGCGGCCACUUGCUGUGUGGCUCCGCCCCCGAACGCGUGCGGCUGCUGCGCCGGCGCCACGGAGCUCUCCUCACCUUCCUCAGUGAUCAAGGUGCGAGUUUCCCUCAUGUUCGACCGGAGCACCUGCUGGAGCCUCAGGACUUCCGGCUCUGGCUGUCCCUGCAAGACCAGCAGGACGUCCUGGUCACCGGUUCCAUAAAGCUGGAUGAUGAGGACUUCGAGUCGCUGAGCAGACGGGUCUGGACCGAUGUUCUCCUGCAGACCUACAAGGUGUUUGUCCUCCCACGAGUCACCAAGGGAAGCUGGGGAUGUCACCCAGGCUGCGAAGAUGAGGACCACACUGCACGUGAUGACUUGGAUCCGCAGUCUAGGAACAUCUACUCCACCUGGGAGAGGAGACUCCUCACCUGGCUCAACUGCACCUUCCAGAAGAUGAGAUGGACAGUGUGGGACCCGCAGCUUUAUGAUGGUGACGUCCCGCCGCCCAGGUGCAUCGCGAACUUUGACGCGGACCUGGCGGACGGCCUCGUCUUGGCCACGGCUCUGGCUGCCUACUGCCCCUUCCUGAUCCCCGCUCGCUUCCGGAGGAUGUUCAGCAGCGGCAGCAGCCUGGAGCAGAACCUGCACAAUGGGCUCAUCGUGUGCCGAGCGCUGCGGGAGCUCCGCCUGCCCUUCCACAUCCAGGCCGCAGAGAUCUCGGACCCGAACCCUGUCCAGCUGCUGAUGCUCUGCGUUCUUCUGUACGAGAAGCUGCCGCAGUACCUUCCCAGGCAGACGGUGGCGCUCUCGGGCCGCCUGGACGACACCUGGACGAGGGAGCUGUGCGUGAAAAACCCGUCGCCCAAGCGGCUCGUGUACCACGCGUCCAUCGUGGGGCAGGAAGCUCCGCACUUCAGCCUGCCACACGGGGCCACGGUCUGCAUCCCUCCGCACGGUCACACCAAGGUGCUCCUCCAGGUCCACAGCAGCUCCCUGCGGCCCAUGGAAGCCGUGUUGCUGCUGACGCCCCGCCUGUCCUCACACCCUCAAGGAGCCACGCUGUCCUUCACCCUGCGCUCUCGCGUCACGCACAGCCCCCCCCGCGGAACGGUGAGGUGCGCAGCCCCCUGCUACGAGCUCAAGCGCAUCCAGCUGAGGGUUUUGAACCCCUUCGCCGAGGACGCUGAGUUCAGGGUGCUGCUCGUCCAGUCGAGAGAAAACCCACUGAAAGCGCCGCUGGACACCAGCGUGACCGAGGGCUCAAAUUUCGACAGCAUCAUCGGCGUGAGCGAAGAGCAGCGCAACAGUCAGAUGGACGGAACCCUGGAGGCGCCAGAGAGCAACGAGGCUUUUCUCCUGGACCCUGGCAGUGAGACGGCUGUACCCGAGUUCUUCAGCCCAGUGAGGUGUGUGUGGCUGCAGGCAGGGGGGGCCGCUCACCUGGACCUUCACUACGUGCCCUUCCACCUGGGCAGAGUGUACUGCUGCGUGCUGCUGCUCGGCCAGGAGGUGGGGGACCUCGUCUAUCUGGUCGAGGCCACCGCAGAGCUGCCCCUCCCCACCCCGCUGAGCGCAGAGCCCAGUCCCAGCGUCGUCUCUGGAAGGAGCAGCGCCUUCGGUGAGCGAGUGCUUGCCUCCUUCUGUCCAGCGUGGGGCGCCAGUGCUCCACAGGCGCCUCUCUGCUUCAGGUGCGACGUGAGAUCCGAGCUGCGGGAGGUGCUGCUGGUGCCCGUGGUGAACGAGGCGUGGGAGCGCGCUCUCGCCACCGUGGGGGUGCAGCGCAUGUCGGCACUGGAGCGAGAGCGUCGCCACCGGGCCGGAACUCUGAGCUGCAGCAGCGUGCGCAGAGGCGUGGCCACGUGGGCCCUCGGUGCCUCUCAGAUGCUCCAGCCAGAAGAGGGCGCUCACACGCAGGCGGUGCUCUACACGGUGCAGUGCUCCAUGCCCGACUGCUUCAUCCUCCCAGAAUGCAUCUCUCUGCCUGUGUGCCGCGCAGCUCGAGUGUCCCUGUGGGGCGAAAGACCUGCCGAGUCUCCGCCAGGGAGUCCCGUGUGCUCGCUGACCCUUCGCUUCCAGCCCAGAACCUGCGGUCGCUACCGCUGCCAGCUGGUCCUGCGGUCGUGGCGCGACGUGCGCGUUCACUGCCUCGAGGUUGUGGUCCAUGGCAACGGUAGCGCCGCCCUGCUGGAGUUCAGUACAACUGCGCUUUCCUCGGUCACGCAGAAGAUCCCACUGAGCAACACGAGUGCGGAGGACUGGAGGCUGCGGGUUCGGCUGGCUGGGCGGGGCUUCCACGGCCCCUCCCAGGCGUACGUGGGGGCCGGACAGACGCUCUCCUACCCCGUGAGCUUCAAACCAACGUGCAAGUGUAUCGUCCAGGGCUCCCUGUCGCUGCUGAACGAUGCCGACGACACAGAGCAGACUGUUACCCUGUGGGGGGUGGCUGAGCGCUCCAGGGCCCAGGACCAUGUGCUCAUUCACUGCCCCGUUGGGGAGGUCACGCAGAGCCUGCUUCACGUGCCCAACUACACGCAGCAGCGGUUCACCUGCAAGGUCAUCUCAGACCUGUCCAUUGUCAGUGGUCCUGCAGCUGUGCACAUUAAACCUGGUAAAGUGGUACCCUACACUUUUAGUGUGUCGCCAUGGAAACGAGGAACUUGCAGAGUGCUCUGUCCCUCUGGGAUGGAGAUGUUUCCAUCAACCGGGGUCUCUCAGCGUCACGUCCCUGGAUACUUCCUGCCCCAUGUUGACCACGUUCCUCUUUCAGGAGUGAUGUCCUUCGUAGCCGAGCAGCUGGACGAGGAUGUAAGCGCCACCGGAGGGGACGAGGAAGGUGACCUGCUCCAACCGUACGAGGUGUGGUUCUCUUUGGAGGUGCUCUGUGUUCCUGGAGAGCCGGUUACCGUGGUACCACUACAGUGCACUGUCCAGAAUUCGGUUACCAUGGAGAUCCCCGUCUCGAACCCGAAGCCUCAGCCGCUGCAGCUGCAGGUGUAUGUCGAAGGUGUUGGGUUGACGGGUGACACUCGCGUGUGUGUCCCCCCCGGGGGAAAAAGCUCCUACUUGGUGACGUUUUCCCCAACGACAGUCGGCAGGAAGAUGGGCAGCAUCAUCUUCCAGUCGGAGCUCGUUGGAGAGUUCUGGUACCAGUUGGACCUGCUGGCCGACUCCCCGAAGCCCACAGUGAUUCCACCGUGUACCUGUGAGCUGGGCAGAUGGAAACUCGUCUUCAUCCCGCUCGUCAACAACACGGAUGAGAUGUUGGAGAUGGAUGUUGCCAACAGCAACCCACGGAACUUCCGUGUGCUGCUGGACACGCGGCGGCCGGUUACCGUGGCACCGCACUCCUCUACUCAAGUACCGGUGCAGUUUUAUCCAUCUUCGCUGGGACCCGAUCACACAGCGUGUGUUUCCUUCACCUGCACACAGCUCGGCCGCUGGAGGUUCCUGCUCUCCGGCCGGGGGCAAAUUCCUGGGACGAUGGAGCCGCUCUGUCUGUCCACGUCCCCCGGGUCCCACACGUCCAUCGCCGUGCCUUUCCAGAACCCCACCGAGCACAGUGUUCUCGCCCACGUUUACCUCACCUCUCGGCCCUCGGGUUACCGCCCUGAGCAGCUCGCGGAUGAUGAGCAGAACUUGAAGGAGCCACUCCCUUCCACGAGUGAAGAGUCCCAGCAAGUGGAACCACAGGUCUUCAGUGUCCAUCUUGAGCGGACACAUGGUAUCCCCCUGGCCCCCCAGGAAACCCUGCAGGUUCCCGUGGUGUUCAGCCCGUCCUGCCAGCAGCUCGCUCAAACGUGGCUGGUGGUCCAGCUGAGGCGGCAGGAUGGCUGUGGGUGGAAGUGUGACGUUCCAGAGGACAAGCGUGUCCUGCAGGGCAGGAUUCCAGAGAUCAGCUGGGUGUUUCCCAUCCACGGCGUUCCAGAGUCCGGUGUGAACCCCUCUCACCCAGCUGUGAUCACGUGUGGCGCACGCUGCCGUGUGGAGGAACAUGUGGAAGUGCUUCUCGCUGGCUGUGUCCCCAGCUCAUCAGCGCCCCCUGAAGUUUUCAAGCACAUCAGCAGCCAGGGAAGCUCAACACCUGCGGCUCCAGUGCUCGCAGUGCUGGAGGACUUCCUGUGUGAGCUGACCUUUGAGGAUGAGGAGCACAAGGUCCAGCUGGAGGACAGUGUGUCCCUGUCUCUACUCUCACAGGACAGAGACCCCUCAUCGGGCAUCGCGAGCCUCACCUUCAGCAUCGCCUUUGCCCCCAACAGACCGAUCAGGUGUACAGCUGCACUGGCUGUGCGCUGCGUCACUGGGGGUCUCUGGAAAUUUCCGAUCAUGCUCGUUGCCACAGACCCGCAGGUGGAUGAUGUCAUCAGCAUCGAGGCGGCAGCGCUGCACAGGACUGCAGGUGUUUGUUUCCGACUCAGCAGCCAGUCCAGGCACCCAGAACCCUUCACAGCCACAUUCCUGCCUGGAGGCGGGCGCGAGUUCCAGGUCUUUCCCAGCUCAGGCACCCUGGUUCCUCUGGACACAGCAGGGACGCUCUUCACGGUCACCUUCACCCCCUGCAUGUACAACCGCAGGCGCCGGGCUGUGCUGCUUGUCCAGACAGUGGUCAUGCAGUGGACAUACCAGGUGGAAGGGAUUCCGCCACCCUCACCCCACCAGAGGACGCAUGUGAAGCUGCAGCAGGAUGGUGCCCUUCGCAGGCGACUGAAAAACAAAGUGUGACCCCCCCAUGGGUUACUGCACCCCCCAGGGUCAAAUACUGAACCCCACAGGUUGUCAAUAAAGGUGCCGAAGUUCUGGUAUAUGGACCACAGUGUUGUUCCUGUUGCUGCAGGUGUGCAUUUUUCUUCAGUUCCCAUUUUGCAGGAGACAUGGGAAUAAGUACUGCAGGGGGCAGCAGUGGGUCCCCCUGGACCAGUAGCGCUUGGGUUCCAACACCACCGACACACUGUGGUUCCUCACCUGUGUAGUCCAGGGCUGUAACUGCACUGUGAUGGUGAAUGGAGGCUGGGCUCGGUCCUGUCACCCACCCUUGGGCUGAAGCGCCUCCAGGUCAGUGGUGAACACGGGUUCGUCCCUGGGAAGCAGUGAACGGUCCAGUCCUGCAGGGACGUGGUCAGAACACGGUCAGUAAGUGCAGCUGUAAAACAAUGAACACUUGUUGACUCGCACAUUUAUUAAUUCAACCGACCCUCUUCUCUAAAGCGACGAACAUCUCCAAGAACAGCACAACCGCUCCUCAGGGACAGACACGGACACGCGCUGCUCCGGGUACCGUCAGCAGGUCCAAGAGGAGAAUCGAAAGGGUGUAAAAGACACUUGAUUGACCAUUGUUUCUGCCAACUGGAGGAGAACGAGGAUUCAAACUCGGAGCGAACAGUAAAACUGACUGUCUAGGGCAGGGGUGUCAAACUCAAUUUCAUCCCGGGCCACAUCAACAAUAUGAUUGCUCUCAAAGGGCUGGUUGUAACUGUAAGACGACUAUAUGAAUGUAUCUACUCUUAUUACAUUACAUAAUUACCUGUGCAUGCGAUUACUACUGGUUUUGGUAAAAAAGCAAUUAAUACCUAGCUUUGAAAGUAGAAGCCCAGGACAAAU